AUGGAGGUUAAAUACAAUCGUCGCGUCUCCCAGAUGCUCUGGCUAGCGGCUGCAGCCACGCUUAUUGUGGCAUUUCUGCGAUUUUCACAGCCCAGCGGUCAAGUGAGCAACUGGGCAAGCUCGAAGGUCGGCAGUUUCGCCAACAGGUACAGUGACCGAGAGUCCCUGGCGAAUUUCAUGGCUCGCUCCGAGAGAAUAUGGGCCAAGACGGUGAAGCAGCGUCAUGAAAUGAUUGCUGCGGACUUCGGCGAUGUUUCCAAGCUGCCUCUGUUCCCUGCAACCGACGUCCCCUCAUACUUCGCCAGUCCGUACUCCAUUUGGGACUUCGCUCCAGCAGCUUACAACUGUCCUUGGGAUGUAGAGCGCAUUGGCCGCAUGGGAGACGGUGGCAAAUGGGUAUGCGGCAUGUCACGAUACGAGAAUUACCCUAAGGAUCGGGAGUGUAUCAUCUACUCCUUUGGGGUUCGUGAUGAGUCUAGUUUUGAACAGGAGAUGCUUAGCCGUACGAACUGCGUAGUUUGGGCCUACGACUUCUCCGUCGUUGACUUUGGGGAGCAGCUGGAGCCCAGCAAUCGUGAUCGAGCCCAUUUCAAGCAGGUUGGCAUUGCUGGCAAGACGGAUGAGAGCAAGUCACCUCCCUUUUACAGCAUUGCCGACUUGAUGAAGAUGAACGGCCAUACCUACAUCGACAUUCUCAAGAUGGACAUUGAGCUAGCAGAGUUCGAAGCCAUGGACGGCCUGCACCAAGACUUCUCUGCUUCCGGCGAGGAGCUGCCCAUUGGUCAGCUAAUGGUCGAAAUCCACUUAUUCAGCGGUGUGACAUCGAAGACUGUCCUCGACUGGUGGGAGCGCCUCGAAUCACGUGGACUGCGUGCUACGUGGACAGAGCCCAAUCUGCUUGCUGUGACCUUGGGCGCGUCCAACAAAGACCCAAUAAUGGCGGAAUACACCAUGAUCAACGUUAAAGACAGUAAGAACAUACUGUUUCACAACCACUGA